GAAGACUAGUUUCAGAGAGUCUCGAAUGAGUGAGAAUAAAGACAAAUGAGUCUUAACUUCUCAACUUCCCAGAAAGCAUUUCUCACUUAAUUGUGCAUGAUUUCAAGUUUAAAUAAAUAAAUAAUGGCAGCUAGAGCCCAAGCAGCGAACACGUAAACAAGUAAUAAACAAGUAUUUGUAAGUGCCCAUUUUGUGCAAAGUCCUGAGCCAGGUGCUGUUGUAUGUAAAAAGCAAUAUAAGAAGAUAAUUUUGUUCUCAGGAAGCUCACUCUGGAGUUGGAAAGACUAGGUAUAAACAUACAGAAACAAAACUAGUGGUGAGAUAAUAGCCAAGACAGUAGCUAAAACUAUAUUAUGAAACUCAGCUGCUAACUGACCAGAAUCCAACUAUCCUCUGGUGCAUAUUAGCAUUAAAAUUUGAGGCAAUUUUCUUAAAUUCUUUUGCAUGCAGUGUUCUAAUAUAUAAAAUAAUAUCAUUGGACUAGAAUUGUGCUAAAGUCUAUUAAGCUUUUAUGAAUACACAUAUGGAUGGGUUAAUGUAUACAAAUAUGGAAGGAUAUUUUUACAAAAGUAAAAUAGGUGGAAAGAAUUAUUAACAUGUUCUCUAUCUUUUGCUUUAUUUUUCUUAGGUUUCCCCAAUGGACUCUCUGGCGUCAUCAAUCAACCAGUUUGCCCUGGAAUUUAGCAAAAAACUAGCUGAAUCUUCUGAGGGUAAAAACAUUUUCUUUUCACCCUGGGGCAUCUCAACUUCCUUGGCCAUGGUGUAUUUGGGCACCAAAGGUUCCACUGCAGUCCAAAUGGCCCAGGUUCUUCAUUUUAUCAGAGAUCAGGCUGUCAAAUCUGGUCCUGAAAGCGAAAAGAAAAGAAAAAUGGAAUUCAACUUGGGCAAGGCUGAAGAAAUACAUUCUGAUUUUAAAACACUCAUUUCAGAAAUCCUAAAGCCCACCAAUACCUACACACUUAAAACAGCCAAUGGGAUAUAUUGUGAGAAAACAUAUUCAUUUCACAAUAAAUAUUUAGAAGACAUGAAAACAUAUUUUGGUGCAGAGCCACAGUCUGUUAACUUUGCGGAAGCUUCUGACCAAAUCAGAAAGGAGAUCAACUCUUGGGUUGAAAGCCAGACUGAGGGUAAAAUCCUGAAUCUCCUGCCUAGUGACUCUGUGGAUUCUAUGACCCGGAUGGUUCUGGUGAAUGCCCUUUACUUUAAAGGAACCUGGGAACAUCAAUUCUCAGCGCAAAACACCACAGAAAAGCAUUUUAGAAUAAACAAGACUACAAGCAAACCAGUGCAAAUGAUGUACAUGAAAGAAAAACUUCAAGUUUUUCACAUAGAAAAGCCACAAGCCACAGGCCUUCAACUCUACUAUGAGAGCCGUGAUGUCAGCCUCCUUAUACUACUGCCAGAAGACAUCAAUGGCCUGGAACAGCUGGAAAAGGUCAUCACCCAUGAGAAGUUGAAUGAGUGGACCAGGGAAGACAUGAUGGAAUUGUAUGAAGUGCAACUGCAUUUUCCCAAGUUCAAGCUGGAAGAGAGUUAUGAUCUCAAGUCAACCCUGAGCAGUAUGGGAAUGAGUGAUGCCUUUGACCAGAGCAAAGCUGAUUUCUCUGGAAUGUCUUUGGAGAGAAAUCUGUAUCUGUCCAAUGUUUUCCACAAGGCUUUUGUGGAAAUAAAUGAACAAGGUACUGAGGCUGCAGCUGGCACAGGAAGUGAGAUAGGUCUACGAAUUAGACUCCCCUCCAUUGAAUUAAAUGUAGAUCACCCGUUCCUCUUCCUCAUCAGACACAAUAAGACCAAUAGCAUUCUCUUUUAUGGAAGAUUCUGCUCCCCCUAAAUUCUGCAUCUCACUCAUCGAACAGGACCAACUUACGGUGUGAAAAAUACAUUCAUAAGAUGGAAAAGCAAAAUUUUCACAAAGAUAAGUCUAUAGAAUAGAACUUUUUCAUGUUUGAAUAUAAGUAAAUAAAU